CAACUUGUCUUCCCCCCCCCCCCCCAUAAUUAAAUGUAAAAUUCUAUUUUUAAAAAUAAAUAAAUAUAAUAUGAAACCUUUUCUUUAGAUCUAGAUAUGUUUGGUUUCGAAAUCAUAAGUAUUUUAUUUAUAAUUUAUAAUAAUGAUUUUUCCUUGGUAGCGUAAAAAAAAUCACGAAGAAAGAGCUACUCAUUAUCAUUAUCAUACUAUUUAUCAUUGCCUCUCUAUAUAUAAACGGAACACACAAGCUUCACUCUCACAAAUCCUUUUCAUCACAUUUUCAUUUUCCUCUCAAAACUAUUCGGGAAGAGGAGAAAUGAUUAUCCACAAAAUGGCGUUCUUGGCCGCUGCAGUUCUCAUGUUCUUGAUAUGCAGCAGCAGCGUUUGCGUCCACAGCCGCGAAACGUUUGCUUGCGAUACGAAAGACGCAGCAACAGCUACACUGAGGUUCUGCCAGCUAUCAGUUGCGAUACAGGAGAGAGUAAAAGAUUUGAUCGGACGGCUGACGCUGGCCGAGAAAGUGAGCUUGCUAGGGAACACUGCGGCGGCGAUUCCACGGCUAGGAAUCAAAGGUUACGAGUGGUGGUCGGAGGCUUUACACGGCGUUUCAAAUGUAGGUCCCGGUACUAAGUUCGGUGGGGUAUACCCAGCAGCCACCAGUUUCCCUCAAGUCAUCACCACCGUUGCUUCUUUCAAUGCCUCCUUGUGGGAAUCUAUCGGACGGGUUGUGUCGAAUGAGGCCAGGGCCAUGUAUAACGGUGGUGUUGGUGGGCUUACUUAUUGGAGCCCAAACGUUAACAUAUUGCGGGAUCCACGUUGGGGACGUGGACAGGAAACUCCCGGUGAAGAUCCAGUCGUUGCCGGUAAAUACGCUGCGAGCUACGUCAGAGGUUUACAGGGUAACGACCGUAGCCGGUUAAAAGUCGCUGCUUGUUGCAAACAUUUCACCGCUUACGAUCUUGAUAACUGGAACGGCGUCGAUAGAUUCCAUUUCAACGCUAAGGUAAGUAAGCAAGACAUAGAGGACACGUUCGACGUACCGUUCCGUAUGUGUGUGAAAGAAGGUAACGUUGCGAGCAUUAUGUGUUCUUACAAUCAAGUAAACGGAGUUCCCACAUGUGCUGAUCCUAAUCUGCUAAAAAAGACCAUACGCAACCAAUGGGGUCUUAACGGAUACAUCGUGUCAGAUUGUGACUCUGUUGGUGUUCUAUACGACACACAACAUUACACUGGUACUCCUGAAGAAGCUGCCGCUAAAUCCAUCAAAGCUGGCUUAGAUUUGGAUUGUGGACCGUUUCUAGGAGCCCAUACAAUCGAUGCGGUGAAGAAAAACUUGUUGCGUGAGUCAGACGUCGACAAUGCUUUAGUCAACACCCUAACAGUCCAAAUGAGACUAGGCAUGUUCGACGGCGAUAUUAUGGGUCAACCAUACGGGCACCUUGGACCAGCACACGUGUGUACACCGGUUCACAAGGGACUAGCUCUUGAAGCAGCUCAUCAAGGUAUCGUCCUACUCAAGAAUCGCGGCUCGUCUCUACCUCUCUCGCAGCACCGCCACCGAACCGUCGCCGUAAUCGGACCUAAUUCCGACGCUACUGUCACAAUGAUUGGUAAUUACGCAGGGAUUGCUUGUGGAUAUACCAGUCCGGUUCAAGGAAUAACCGGUUAUGCAAGGACGAUUCACCAAAAAGGUUGUGCGGAUGUACAUUGCAUGGACGAUAGAUUGUUCAAUGCCGCAGAUGAAGCAGCUCGUGGAGCUGAUGCGACGGUUCUUGUGAUGGGUUUGGAUCAGUCUAUUGAAGCUGAGUUUAAGGACAGAAACAGUUUGCUUUUGCCCGGGAAACAACGAGAGCUUAUCUCUAGAGUUGCAAAAGCCUCGAAAGGCCCAGUUACACUAGUAUUGAUGUCUGGUGGGCCUAUCGAUAUAACUUUCGCAGAAAAGGAUCGGAGGAUUUCAGCUAUUGUUUGGGCCGGGUAUCCGGGUCAGGAAGGAGGAACCGCAAUCGCCGAUAUUUUAUUCGGCAGUGCUAAUCCCGGAGGGAAGCUUCCGAUGACGUGGUACCCGCAAGAUUAUUUAACGAAUUUACCGAUGACGGAGAUGUCGAUGCGACCGGUCCACUCAAAGCGGAUUCCGGGUCGGACUUAUCGGUUUUACGACGGCCCGGUUGUUUACCCGUUCGGACACGGUUUGAGUUACACGCGCUUUACUCACAGCAUAGCGGACGCGCCUAAAGUGAUUGCUAUAGCUGUUCGCGGUAGAAACAGCACCGUUUCAGGGAAGUCAGUCCGUGUCACGCACGCUAGGUGCGACCGUCUCUCUCUCGGAGUCCACGUGGAUGUUACAAACGUUGGGUCGAGAGAUGGGACGCACACCAUGCUUGUGUUCUCGGCUCCGCCAGGUGGAGAGUGGGCUCCGAAGAAACAGCUGGUUGCUUUCGAGAGGGUGCACGUGGCGGUUGGGGAGAAGAAGCGUGUGCAAGUGAAUAUACACGUGUGUAAGUAUUUAAGUGUUGUGGACCGAGCCGGGAACCGAAGGAUUCCGAUCGGUGAUCAUGGGAUUCAUAUUGGAGAUGAGAGGCAUACGGUGUCGCUUCAAGCUUCUACUCUUGGAGUCAUCAAGUCUUGACUCUGUUUUUUUUUCUUCUCUUUUAUUGUUGUUACCAAAAUAGUAUUUUUAAGAGAUCUGCAUGUAUGUUUCUAAAGAAACAAAUUGGAUUGUUGUAACACGUCGAUAGAUGUGAGGGGGGUAGUCUGUGAGGUAAAAGAAUAUAAGAAAUCUGGUGCUUAUGAUUCAAAAAAUGUAUUUGAAAUUGAAUUGUAUGGCUGCUGAUAUUUUUAAAAAUAAAGAUUGUUUUUCUAAUU